UUUGGAGUCCUACAGAAACCCUACCCCUACUCCUAAACCUAACCUUACCAAUAAAUCCAACCCUGCUGCUAAACCUAAACUUAGUAACAGCGAAUGAUACUCUCGCGAGACUUCGGCUGCGGGGGGUGUUACCUUCUAGACACAGCCCCACGCAUGGCUACAGCGCACUCUGUCAGGAGGCAGCCAGCAUCAUCAGUGUCUUACCUCCACUAGUUCUUUACAGACAGACCGCUUUCAAACGCAUAGAUUUCAGCGCGUCAAAUGCAAGAUACGGUAGACAUGGCGGCUGAAUCUGAAUUUGAUGAAGAAAAGGAGCCUUCUUUCAGCGAUCAGGAGGAUUUUGUGGAUGACAUCGAUGAUGAUGAAUUGUUGGAAGAUGUUUUGCGGGAAAGACCUUUAGAGGCCGAUGGUAUUGAUUCUGUGGUUGUGGUGGACAAUGUUCCCCAGGUGGGCCCAGAGCGUCUGGAGAAACUGAAAAAUGUGAUCCAUAAAAUCUUCUCCAAGUUUGGAAAAAUUACGAAUGAAUUUUACCCUGAAGUAACCGGGACCACCAAAGGGUAUAUCUUUCUGGAAUAUGCGUCCCCUAACCACGCUCUGGAAGCAGUGAAAAAUGCAGAUGGUUACAAGCUGGACAAACAGCACACAUUCAGAGUCAAUCUGUUCACUGAUUUUGAUAAGUAUAUGAACAUCAGUGACCAGUGGGAGACUCCAGAAAAACAGCCAUUUAAAGACUUUGGUAACAUGAGACACUGGCUCGAAGAUCCAGACUGUCGGGAUCAAUACAGUGUAAUCUACGAAUCUGGAGAGCGAACCGCCAUAUUUUCCAAUGACCCAAAGGAGCCAAUAUUGGUUGAGGAGAGAGCUCGUUGGACAGAGACAUACAUCCGCUGGUCACCCAAAGGCACAUACCUGGCCACCUUUCACCAACGAGGAAUUGCUUUGUGGGGUGGAGAGAAGUUCAAGCAGAUACAGAGAUUCAGCCACCAGGGUGUUUCUCUCAUUGAUUUCUCUCCAUGUGAAAGGUAUGUGGUGACGUUCAGUCCACUGAUGGAUACUAAAGAAGACCCUCAAGCCAUCAUCAUCUGGGACAUCCUGACCGGACAUAAGAAACGAGGCUUCCAUUGUGAGAGCUCUGCACACUGGCCUAUUUUUAAGUGGAGUCAAGACGGAAAGUUCUUUGCUAGAAUGACACAAGAUACUCUGAGCAUCUAUGAAACCCCUUCAAUGGGACUGCUAGAUAAGAGGAGUUUAAAAAUAAGUGGAAUAAAAGAUUUUUCUUGGUCACCGGGGGACAACAUAAUCGCCUUUUGGGUCCCUGAAGACAAGGACAUUCCAGCAAGAGUAACGCUAAUGCAGUUCCCAUCCCGUCUGGAAAUUCGGGUGCGAAAUCUUUUUAACGUGGUGGACUGCAAACUCCACUGGCAACGACAGGGUGAUUACUUAUGUGUGAAAGUGGACCGAACACCCAGAGGAACACAGGGUGUCGUCACUAACUUUGAGAUUUUCCGCAUGAGAGAGAAACAGGUUCCUGUGGACGUGGUAGAAAUGAAAGAGAGCAUUAUUGCAUUUGCCUGGGAGCCUAACGGCAAUAAGUUUGCAGUACUACAUGGAGAAUCACCUAGAAUUAAUGCCUCCUUCUACCAUGUCAAAAGCAAUGGCAAGAUAGAGCUUAUUAAGAUGUUUGAUAAGCAGCAAGCCAACAGCAUCUUUUGGAGUCCCCAGGGUCAGUUUAUGGUACUAGCUGGACUAAGGAGUAUGAAUGGUGCUCUUGCAUUUGUGGACACGUCAGAUUGCACCAUUAUGAAUAUUGCUGAGCAUUACAUGGCUUCUGAUGUGGAGUGGGACCCUACAGGCAGAUAUGUGGUUACUUCUGUUUCCUGGUGGAGCCACAAGGUAGACAAUGCAUACUGGCUUUGGACAUUCCAGGGGCGCCUUCUGCAAAAGAACAGCAAAGAUAGAUUCUGUCAGUUGCUGUGGAGACCAUGCCCUCCCACUUUACUCAGUCAAGAGCAAAUAAAGGAAAUUAAGAAGGACCUGAAGAAGUACUCUAAAAUCUUUGAGCAAAAAGACAGAUUGAGCCAGUCCAAGGCUUCCAAGGAAUUGGUGGACAAGCGUCGACUGAUGAUGGAGGAAUACAGGCAGUACAGAGAUAGUGCCACUCAGAUGUACAACCAACAGAGAGAUCUGCGCCUCCAGCUCAGAGGAGGUGUGGACACAGAUGAGCUGGACAGUAAUGUGGAGGACUGGGAAGAGGAAACCAUUGAGUUCUUUAUCAGUGAAGAUAUCAUAGCUCUUGGAGACCUGGAGUAGAUCUGCAGUAAAAGCAGCCUUGUUUUUAUAACUGUGUGAUGCAACACUUAUCCACAGAGGGCACCAAAGGUCCAUAAUGAGUAUGAGAAAUGCACAGAAUAUUUUAUUCAUUUCUAAUAUGAAUUCAGAUUCAGAGCUCAUAUUCUUGUCAUAAUGCCCCUUCAAACAUUUCAGGCAUCACAAACUCAUGUAGCAUUCAUUGAAGGGAGUAAAGGGCAGUGAACAGAUUUAUUGUUAGAAAUUCUUCUGCUGACAGAGAAGGAUACUGUAUUAUUAUGCUCAAAAACAAUGGUACUCGUCUGUGUGUUACGGUUUCUCCAAGAACAUUUAAGAGAGAAAUGUUUGUACUGUGGGCUGGUGUUUCACAUAAUAGGACAUUUUUAAAUAGGGAAAUCUAUUCUUAAAGCUGAAGUGUGUAAUUUUUGCGCCACCAAACAGAAUUGCAAAAAUAACCAUUCUUUUCAAAACAGCUUUUAAAAACACCUCUGUCUGUCCUGACAGAUUGUACCGCUCCCAACUCACACCAUUGGAAGAGUUAAUGUUGUUGUGUUUCAUGAGACGGGUUGCUCAAAACAAACAGAGGUAUUUUUAUAGCGCCACAGAGACAGUGUUUACAGUUUUCAAGAAAAUUAACCUAUGAAUGGCUUACUAGUUAUCUCUGCAUAUUAAAAUGGGAUACGAGAAAGUAUUUUAACACAGAAAAAGUUACAUGCUUCAGCUUUAACACUAUUUUUCCUUUCAACAACAUUCCAGAAGAAAUACUUCUUGACUUAUGAUUCAUUUCUAAGCUGCACUUGAUUUCACCAAUAAUGAAAAUUCUCUCAUCAUUUACUCACCCUCAUGCCAUCCUAGAUGUUUAUGACUUUAUUUUGCAGAACACAGACAAAGGUUUUUAAAAGAAUAUUUUAAUUUUAUA